AUGCCUGCGCCAAAUUUCAUCAAAAACCGUGCGUCGCACUUCGAGCACUUCCCCUGUUGCUUUGACAUUCCGUUGGCAUUAUCUGCUUUUUAUACUCCGCAUAAUUUGAAGGGAGCAACAUGCAUGUUGAGGGGAAAAAACCAGGGCGGCGAAAGAGCUGCGACAAUUGUUCCACUUUUAUCAGCUGGAUCUUCGGUCGAUUUGCAUGUAAGUUCACGAAAAACUCGGGAAUGCAAUCUUUGAUCCUUGCUCAGGCCGUGUAAUUGUGUUACAAAGUGCUCUCUAGUUUGAAAACCAACAUAACUCAGCUUCAAAUUUCUUGUCUGCGUCUCAAUCAUCCGCCACGCCAUCGCUCCUUUUUGCAUUUGGCUGUUUUUGUCAAUAAAUUUUUUUAAAAAGUCUCACGUCAUCAAAAAUUCUAUUUUGGAGUGUGAGGUGAGGCUAAGUAUUACGGUAAAUGCACUCUUGUCAGAUGCACUUGAAUGUGUUUCUAGCCCAAUGAGUCAAUUAAGACUCCAAUUUAGCUAUCGAAUUUUAUCAAUUUGGAUUGAAACCUCUGCUUUGCUCUUAUUAUUUGAACCCACCAAAUAUUAAUCCUACCUACGCUCGUUCUUAAGCCGCCUGUAAGCGUUGAUUAAUCAGUUUGGCUGAGAAUGAUUCCGCAGAUACUUUUGCUGAUUGCGGUUUAUCUGUUCUACAAUUUGUAUUGGAAACGGAGAAACCUGCCUCCGGGCCCAACGCCAUGGCCAAUUUUUGGGAAUUUGCUUCAAGCUGCGCUGCAACCUCCGCCCAACGCAUUUUUAGCGUGGAAGAAGAAAUACGGAAGUGUGUUCACAUACUGGAGAGCAGACAUGCCGACGAUUAUGCUGACGGAUUACGCGUCGAUUGAACAUGUCCUGCUGAAGCUGCCGGAGACAGUGGUGGACAGAGUUCCGAUGCACUCGUUUAAUGAUAAGUACCGGUGUAAGUCAUCGAUUUUUGAAAAGAUGAACAAGACGAAGCGCUCGCGUUGCUUGGAAAUCUUUUGGUGCAGACGACCUAGAAAAGCCUUUGUCAUCUCGGGCCAUCUUUACAAAAAAAUUUUAUUUUUCCAGCAGGGCCCCACAAGCUUUCGAAAUUCACGAAGUACCACAAGUGAGACGCUCGCCGGAUUUUCUCACAUAUUGCGCACACUUUGGGCAUGCCUGAAAGUUUUAUUUAUGUGGCGCCUUCUGUGGAUAGCCGAGAUAUUCAACGUUUUUUGCUCCCGAGAAAGUACGCAAACGCUGAGAGCGGUCGCGUGAAAAAAAAUAAUUUUUUGUAAUGGCGAUACUGCUUUGUAUGGCAAUUUUUUUGGUGCGGGGGCUUGUCCGCAAGUAAAAUUUUUUUUCACUGUUUUGGCAAACAAGCGUCUGCAACAGUUAUAAGACCUUUAUAUCUCCAGACAGAAGAUGCCGCGCUUAACAAAGUCUCUAUAUUUCAUUGUGAGCUCAUCUCUUCUGAGGGUCGCAUCCAAAACGCUAAGUUUCUUGGCCAAAACAGCAAUACAUUUUUAUGUUUUUUCAGCCGGAGACCAUGGCGUUCUCUUUAUCAGCGGGCCGGAAUGGAGAAACAGUCGGCGAAAUACCCUUCGAAUCCUUCGAGAUUUGGGAAUGGGAAAGAAUGUCAUGCAACAAAGGGUAAAGCAUCAUUUCAGAUAAACGGAGAUGCUUUGAUUUCCAGAUGCUCACCGAAAUUAAAGACGUCUUGCGAAUAUUCACCAAGCAUUCUGCUUCAACAGAACCCCAAGACAUUUGCUACGAUAUAAAUCGAGCCGUUGGCAAUAUCAUCAACUCCAUUUUAUUUGGCUAUAGGUUUGAAGGGGCCAAACAAGAAGAGUACGAUGAGUUGCAGCGUCGAGUCAACGAGCAUGUCAAAAUGCUGGCACAUCCAUUGGUGAUGAUUGGAACUUAUCGAAUUGAGACCUUCGAGAAACUUCCGUUUGUUAACAGCGCGUUGAAGCGGCUGCAGAAAAAGGCGCUGACGAAAUUCUUCAGCGGCCAGAUUAGUGAGCACGAAAGAAAGCUGCGGUUUGAUGGAGACGCUCCGAAUACCGAUUUCGUCGAGAGUUAUUUGAAACAAAUGUACAAACAGUGGGAGAAGGGUGACUAUGAGAGUUUUAGGUAAGCAAAAGCAGAAGAUUGUUGUGCUCUUAAGGCAUUCAAAAGGGGAGUGCGAAUUGGUUAAAGAGGUGUCUUGCAGCUUUGUAGAUGCCCUGGCUUAGGGCAGGCACCAGAAGAAUUGUUCAUUUGGGGGCGCGUCACGACAUUUCGGGUCGACGACAGUUUGAGCCAAUCGAUCGAUACGGGGCGUAGUUCAGGUAUAUACCCAAAAAAACGGUUUUAAGAAGUGUCCAGGAAUCCUGGAAAAGCGGUUGGAUGGUCGGCGGACGCUCGGCGAACGCGCGGCGAAGACUUCAAAUGUCCGCUUUUUCUAUUUUGACUAAUUCCCCCAACGAGAAAGCAGUAAGAAAAAGUGGUGAAUCGGACUAGAGUAACGCCUGAGACAAAAAUUUUGAAUUUUAUCAAACAGUGAAAAGAAAAAAUUGAUAUCACUUUUCUUUGUAGUCGCGACAUUCUCGUCUCAAUAUGCGCCGACCUCUGGCUGGCAGGCCAAGAAUCGACCAGCAAUACGAUCAACUGGGGAAUCGCUUACUUGGCCAACAAUCCCGGAAUUCAAGAACGCGCUUAUCAAGAGAUUCAAAGUGUUGUCGGCGACCGGAUUGUGACCAUGGCGGAUCGUCCAAGUCUUCCGUAUCUCAAUGCUAUUGUUUCGGUGAGACUGUAUAUUCGUCGUUAAAAAACAAUGAUUUAGGAAUCGCAACGUAUUGGCAAUGUUAUUCCGGCGUUAGUCCCACGCAGGCAUCAUAAAGACAUAAAGAUUAAUGGAUUUACAAUCAAAGCUGGAACGGCAAUAGUUCCGCAAGUCUCGGCGGUGCUUUAUGAUGAAAAUGUAAGGGGUAUUUGGACAAAGAAGAAUGAAUUGAACUUUUAGGUGUUUCCAAAUCCCCACAACUUCAAUCCUGACCGCUUCCUAGACGAAAACGGGCACUACAAAAAGAUCGACGAGUUCAUUCCAUUCGUCGUUGGAAAAAGAAGCUGUCUUGGAGAGGGUUUAGCCAGAAUGGAGCUGUUCCUGUUCAUGAGUAACUUGUUGGCAAGGUUUAAGGUAAGAAAUGGAAGUGUAAUAAAGAUUGGUUUGUUUUCAGUUCCUCCCAGCGAAUGGGCAGAUCGAUGUGACUAGGAUAUGGGGUGGGACGGCGACAAUGAAGCCUUGGAAAUGCAAAGUUAUACCUCGAUUUUAA